AUGGCGAGCUAUCGUUUCCUCAUCCAGAAGCUGUCCGGGUUCUUCGUGGGCUGCGAGUUCCUCCAUGUUCCACGCACGGAAAAUGAAGCCACCGACACGCUCGCCAAGAUCGCCUCGUCACGGCAGUCCAUCCCGUCCGGCGUCUCCCUCGAGCACCUGCACAAGCCGUCUGUCAAGCCAUCUAUGGACUCCGAGUCCAUCUACGUCCCGGCCGCACCUCAACCCGGCCCGGGGACUGCCAAACCCAGCUCAGGGGCUGCCGAACUCGGCCCGAGACUGUUGAACCCGACCUGGGGCCUGCAGCCGCCGACCCGUCCACCAUUGUCCCCAACCCGGCCGCCGCCGUCCCUAACCCAGGGGCUGCCGACCCCGGCUCAGGGGCUGCCGCCCCGGAACCCGCCAUGGUGGCUGUCUUCCCCGUGCAUCAUCAACAACAAGCUCGUCAAGCACAACUCCAUCGGCGUAUUCCAGCGCUGCGUCGAGCAUGACCAGGGCAUUGAGAUCCUCCUCGACAUACACCAGGGCGAGUGCGGGCACCACGCCGCCUUGCGGUCCCUGGUGGCCAUGGCUUUCCGCCAUGGUCUCUACUGGCCCACGACCCUCCAAGACGCUGAGUCGCUCGUCCUCAAAUGCGAGGGAUGCCAGCGCUUCAGCAAGCGCAGCCACCAGCCGGCCUCAGCACUCCGGACCAUCUCGAUCGCCUGGCCUUUCGCGGUCUGGGGACUUAACAUGGUGGGACCCUUCAAGACCGCUCGAGGCGGCAUGAUGCAUUUGCUGGUGGCGGUGGACAAGUUCACCAAAUGGAUCGAAGCAAGGCCAAUCAAGAAUCUGGACGGACCGACGGCCGUCCGGUUAGUCAUGGACAUCGCGGUACGCUACGGCAUGCCAAACAACAUCAUCACAGACAACGACACCAAUUUUGCCAAGGGCGCGCUCGCGCAAUACUGCUUCGUCUCUGGCAUCCGCCUCGACAUGGCGUUCGUUGCACACCCGCAGUCCAACGACCAGGUCAAGCGGGCCAACGGCCUCAUCCUAUCUGGCAUCAAGCCGCUGCUCGUCGAGCCAUUCGUCCGCUCACCCGGCAGCUGGCUCGACGAGUUGCCGGCCGUCCUAUGGAGGCUCCGCACCACGCCAAACCGGACGACCGGGUUCACCCCGUUCUUCCUCAUCAAGCCCCUCGCAUUCCGAGAGGGAGACCUCGUCCUCCAACUCGUCCAGCAGCAAGCCGGCCAACACAAGCUGUCCUCCCCGUGGGAAGGCCCCUUCAUCGUCAGCAAGGCUUUGUGUGACCGCAACGCCUACUACCUCAUCAACGCCCGCAAGUCAAACAAGCGCAAGAGAGACACCGCCGACGAAGAAACAGCCCGGCCGUGGAACGAGGAACUCCUCCGUCCGUUUUAUAGUUAG